CUAGCAUUCUCAUCUUCCUAUCUACAAUAAUUUUCUGUGCCCUAGACGCUCAUACCUACGCCUAAGCUCGACUAUUACACUCUUAGAUCUUUAACAGGCAGAAAUUGGACUCAACAUGGCGGGAACAGGUUCCAUGCUCUGCGUGAUUCUCAUCACCAUAUUCAUUCCUCCCCUCGGAGUCUUCCUCAUCUCCGGCUGCAGUGCCGACCUCCUCAUCAACAUCCUGCUCACUUGUCUUGGCUACUUCCCAGGCCACAUCCACGCCUUCUACCUUGAAUACGUCUACUACCAGAAUCGCAGAACCCCAAUGUACGGCACGUAUCAGCCUGCGCCGGGCGUGUACUCCGACCGCAUCAAGAAUGGUCCGAACCAGGAUAUGAAUUAUGGGACGGUCCCGCGGUACUAGCUGAUUGUGUGAUUUCUGUGGGGAUAUUGCGAAGGUGUGGAUGUGAUGGUGAGUGUAGUGUGGUGUCGUAUAUGGUAUAUGCUGAGGAGUGGAGCUGAGUUGAGUUGGGUUGAGUCGGAUUAUGUUGAUUAAUGUAUCAAGGCGUUGCGACUGAAUAGGAAAUGCAUCGGG